AUGACGUUUGAUUCUCUAAACGGAGACGUCAAACCUCGUAUCUUGUUAAUGGGUCUGAGGAGGAGCGGGAAGUCCUCCAUCCAGAAAGUGGUUUUCCAUAAAAUGUCGCCCAAUGAGACUCUGUUUCUGGAGAGCACCAAUAAGAUCUGCAGGGAGGACGUCUCCAGCAGCUCCUUUGUCAGCUUCCAGAUCUGGGACUUCCCGGGCCAGAUCGACUUCUUCGACCCCACCUUUGACUACGAGAUGAUCUUCAGAGGCACCGGAGCUCUGAUCUUUGUCAUCGACUCACAGGACGACUACGUGGAGGCUCUGAGCAGACUGCAUCUCACCGUGACCAGGGCCUACAAGGUCAACCCAGACAUCCACUUCGAGGUGUUCAUCCACAAAGUGGACGGCUUGUCGGACGACCACAAGAUCGAGAAGCAGAGGGACAUCCACAAACGAGCCAACGAUGACCUGGCAGACACGGGCCUGGAAAGAAUCCACCUCAGCUUUUAUUUGACCAGCAUAUACGACCACUCCAUAUUUGAGGCUUUCAGCAAAGUGGUCCAGAAGCUCAUCCCACAGCUGCCAACACUGGAAAACCUUCUCAACAUCUUCAUAUCUAACUCCAGCAUUGAGAAGGCCUUCCUGUUUGAUGUGGUCAGUAAGAUCUACAUCGCCACAGACAGCAGUCCAGUGGACAUGCAGACGUACGAGCUCUGCUGUGACAUGAUUGACGUGGUCAUUGACAUCUCCUGCAUCUAUGGGUGA